CUCUCCCCCGCCUCAGACUCUCUCUAUUUUCCUGUUUUAUCAGCGUUGCCUUGCUUGCUUCCUAUCGCGCCCAUCCUUAUCGUGUGUCACUGCAGCAUUGUAUAUCUCUGUCUGUCUCUCUGUGUUUGUCUAUUUUUACCCCCACCCCUCUCCCCCCAACUGUCUUUCUCUCUUUCAGUCUGCCUGUUUUUUUUUCUUGGCUUGACUAAUGGGCCAUGUUAAUCAGUGGGUGUUGGGGUGGGCGUUUGUCUCUAUGGGGCCAGCUGUUUUUCUUGCCUACCUGCCUCUCUGCCCUCUGUGCCUGCCUUGCCUUAAGCCAGGCUCAAACUACACGACUAGUGAUUGUGUGUCCAAUUUCGGCGUCGGGGUGCACCGCACACUAGAAGACAAUCGCAACUGUCAAUCUUAUCGCUGCUCACAGCCACCGAGACAAUGCCCGACAUUCUAUUUCCAAUCGCAAAUAACAAACAGUGUUUGAUUUCUAUGACUUGCGAUCGGCGACUCUUUGAACUGCUAAAGUUCUAUCUUAGAAUGUCGCCCACGACGAGGAAAUCUUUCCCGACAAUCGCUUGCGAUGGUCCUGGGGGGUAGCGUUCCAGUGAUUGUCGUAAGGGGGGUUUUCAGCCGAGAAUUGGGCCGAUAGUCGUGUAGUUUGAGCCAGGCUUUACUGUUGCCUGUGCCCUGUCUCGCGGCCCUGCCUGCUUCUGCCUCUCCCUCUGUGUGACGUGUCUCUCUGCCUCUGCCUGUCUCUCUGUCUCUCUUCAUCCCAGUCUCCACCUGCCAUUACUGACCUCAUCAUCCUCCAUUUCUGCAUCAGUGGCCUGGCCAUGAAUAAGCUUCGGCAGAGUUUCCGCCGGAAGAAAGACGUGUAUGUGCCGGAGUCCAGCCGGCCACACCAGUGGCAGACUGAUGAGGAGGCCGUGCGCAGCGGCAAAUGCAGCUUUGCCGUCAAGUACCUGGGUCAUGUGGAGGUGGAGGAGUCCAGAGGGAUGCACAUCUGUGAGGAUGCUGUGAAGCGGCUCAAGGCGGACAGAAAGUUCUUCAAGGGCUUCUUUGUUACCAAAGCCCGGCCGAAGCCAGUUCGCGCUGUACUCUGGGUGUCAGCAGAUGGCCUACGAGUGGUAGAUGAUAAGACCAAGGAUCUGAUUCUGGACCAGACGAUAGAGAAGGUAUCCUUCUGUGCGCCGGACCGCAACUUUGAGCGGGCCUUCUCCUACAUCUGCCGGGACGGCACCACGCGGCGCUGGAUCUGCCACUGCUUCAUGGCUGUCAAGGACUCUGGCGAGCGUCUGAGUCAUGCAGUGGGCUGUGCGUUCGCCGCCUGCCUGGAGCGGAAGCAGAAGCGGGAGAAGGAGUGUGGCGUCACGGCAACCUUCGAUGCCAACCGAACCACCUUCACCAGGGAGGGCUCCUUCCGCGUCACCACGGCAACCGAAGCGGCCGAGCGGGAGGAGGUCAUGAGGCAGCUACAAGACGCCAAGAAAGCGGAGUCGGACAUCAAGGUGCCCACGACGACAGCGCCCCUGUCCAGCCAGAUGGGCGUCGCCGUCGGCAGUGUCGUCAGCGGCGGUGGUGUCGUGGGUCCCGCCUCCCCUUCCUCCUCCUCCUCCUCUCCCCCGCUGCCUGGCGGCGGGCCCCCGGGGGCCCCGGACUCCAAUCCGCACAUGAUCCCUCGGCGCCACGCCCCUGUGGAGGCGCUGGCCCGCCAGGGCUCCUUUCGGGGUUUCCCGGCGCUCAGCCAGAAGACCUCGCCCUUCAAGCGCCAGCUCUCCCUGCGCAUGAACGAGCUGCCCUCCACGAUGCAGCGCAAGACCGACUUCCCCAUGAAGAACACGGUUCCAGAGCUGGAGGGCGAGGGGGACAGCAUCAGCUCGCUGUGUACCCAGAUCACCUCUGCCUUCAGCGGGCCCCCAGAGGACCCCUUCAGCUCCGCACCCAUGCCCAAGCCCAGCUCCUCGCCACAGUCCCCCGUCGCCCCUGGCACAGUGAAUGGCUCGGCUCCUGCCUUCCCCCCUCCCCCUGCCCCUGCCCCUGCCCCUCCCGUUGUCACGGUUAAUCCCCCAGCGCUGCCUCCUCCGCUGCCUGCGCGUGAAACUAACCCUUGGGCCAAAGCCCCCCCGGCCCCCACCGGCGCCCCCAUCGCAGGCGGAGACUGGAGCAGCCCCGUAGCGGGCGUGACCGCCUCCCUGCCCACGGCCACCCUGACCCCCCCGUCAGGCCCCGCCGCCGCGUCCCACCGCCGCACCCCCUCCGAGGCCGACCGCUGGCUGGAGGAGGUGACCCGAUCCGUACGCGCCCCGCAAUCCUCCACACCCCCCGCCCAGCCCUUCCCCACGGCGGUCGCAGCAGCCCCCGCGCCUGUACCCGUUCAGAUGCCCGUGUCCGUUCCCGCGCCCGCCCCCAUGGCCCCUAUCGUCGCCGCUCCCGUGGCCUUCAUGCCCUCCUCGCAGCCCGUGACAGUGCCCCUCCUGCCCCCGCGCCAAACCGCCGGCUACCACCCGCAGCCCUCGGCGCCCGCCUACCCGCUCGCCAACGGCCUGCCGUACGGUGGCGGCGGCGGCGGGCAGCCCAGCAGCGUGCCCGUGGUGGGCAUCACGCCCUCCCAGAUGGUGGCCAACGUCUUCGGCUCGCCGCAGCCCCAGCAGCCAAUCGCAGUGCCGCCGCCACCGCAGCCUUUCAUCGGCCAGCAGCAGCUCCCCCCGGUGGCGCAGUUUGGCGUUGACCCGCACAUGCUCGCACAACCCCACCACCACCACCACCACCACCACAGCCCCUUCGGCAAGCCGCCGGUGGCACCGGUCAUGGGCUCCGCCGUCAUCGCCCCGCCGCCAAUCAACGUCAACGUCAGCCUUCAGCCCCCUAACGGCAGUGCCACCUUCAACGGGACUGACAACUGGGCAGGUCCUGCGGCUGCUGCCAACGCUGCCACCGCUGCCUCCAUGGUGUCAGUGCCACCCCAACAGCAGCCAACUGCGCCUGCACCACCACCGCCGCAGGCAGACGCCUUCGAAGCCCAGUGGGCGGCGCUAGAGAGCCGCUCGCACCAGCGCACCACGCCCUCGCCCACCAACCCCUUCUCCACCGAGCUGCACAAGACCUUCGAGAUCCAGCUCUGAGCUGGGAGUCAGGGGAAGGGUGGGGUGGGAGUUAGAUGAUGUGGCCAGCGACCAGGGGAUGCCAGGAGUUGGUGGUGAUGGAGGGGGAGGUAAAGGUGGAUGGGGGGGGUUAACGGGAGGAGAGGAGGUAGAGAUGGUGAGGAUGGACAGAUGGACAAUAAGCUUGUGCCAUGAGGGGUGUGUGUGUGGGUGCGGUGGGGGGGAUUGGGGUGUCAGUACCUAUAGAGACAAUGAGCGAUGGAUAGAGAGACAGAGAGAGAGAGAGAGACGGAGAAAGAGAUGUAUAACAGAGCUCCAGUCAGUCAAGCCUCUGUCAUCGAUUGUCAUUGCUAUUAAGCUCCAUUACCCACUCAUCUCUCUCUCUCUCUCUCUCUCUCUCUCUCUCUCUCUCUCUCUCUCUCUCUCUCUCUCUCUCUCUCUCUCUCUCUCUCUCUCUCUCUCUCUCUCUCUCUCUCUCUAAUACUGCCUGUGGAACACUGGAGCAGACUAUUCUCUGAAUGCAUGGCAAGUGAGCGGCGUGACAGUCUGUUCAACAGCUGCACUGAUUCGCGUCACGUCCACAGUUGUCCAGAGUCAGAUCCAAGUCAUCCAGUUUGUUAUGGGGGGGAAAAAAGACAAAAAGAAAUACAAAAAAAAAUAAAAAUGGCAUUCAAACCCUCACCUCACCUCAAAGAAGGAUGGCGUGACGAGAGAGUUGCACGCUAAAUGAGCGAGCGCGUCAUCUCUUCUCCUCAUCUCCUCCAAGUCGCCACUUGGCCUCCUCAGGAUGUCUGAUCUCCUCGCCACCUGGUGGACUGUAGCAGUACUGCAAGAGGAGCUGAGCUUCCAGAUUACCUACUCUAUAAUGAGGAGUUUUCAUAAAACUCUCUCUGUCUUUAUCUGUUUAUCUGUCUGUCUCUCUCUCUCUCUCUCUCUCUCUCUCUCUCUGAGGAAAAAGAAGAAGAAUCAGAAGAAGAAAUACAUGAGAAGAAGAAUGCCAAAAUCUUUAUUUUUAUGCAUUUUAGUAUAUUUUGAAUAGCUUUGGAAUCUAACAGAAAGAGUUGUAAAGUAAUCUUGCCAAAGGUGCAGGGCUAGCUACACAAUGAAAAAUGAUCCUGUGUGUGUAUACAGAUGAUGAAACUAUAUUAUAUUAUAUAUAUAUAUUAAAAACUAUAUAUAUAUAUAUAUACUUGGAUAGAACUAUAUUAACACACUCUCGGCUCUUGUCAAUGUUGAUUUUCUGUUAUGUAAGAGACUGAUUGAAGGGAUGGUUGUUGUUUUUAGGUGAUGUUUUAUUAUUUUUACUUUAUUUUUUUCCUUUUUGGUCUUACCGUUGUUGUCGCUGAGGUUUCUGUGAUUCGGAUGCACCUCUCUUACUGUAAAUAGCGAAAACAUUGCAACUACAAUCAAUGUGGAUCUUACAGCGGGGAGGGAGACGGUAGGAGUGAGGUGGUGGAGGUUGGGGGGGUAGACAUCUCAGCACUGGAGUUCUGCUGCAUAGAAGCAGACCAAUACCGGGGGACACCCCGUCCCCGACUACCACCUCUCUCCUCCCUCCGCCUCACUCACUCUUGCUCUCCCUCCCUCUCUCUCUCUCUCUCUUUCUCGCUCUGUCUCUUUCUGAAUCUCCUAACCACACACUCUUCAUCUGUCUCUCCGUCUCUAUCUCAGCAUUUUUUCAUUCUGUUGUACUGUCUUCUCUUGUCCACUUGUCAGUACUUUCAGUUUUACCUCCAGUUUUUGUUUUACUCUCGUGAUAACUUAAGCUUGUCUUGUUUUUUUUUCUUCUUCUUUUUUUUAUAAGGAUUUUAACACUAUUGACAGGUUUCAUCUCUACUGGUUACCGUUUAAAUGGUUUUUCUUUUCGGUUUUUAUUGCACAAAAGCACUAUAAUGAAUGAUGAUGUUGUUGGUUAUGAUGGAUUUGAGUGUCAGAUAGCCACAUACUGGUGAGAGGCCUGGGGAGUGAGUAUUCCAAGAACUGGGGCGCAGUAGUAAACCGGUUCAGCUGUCGUGCCGAAAAGCGAGUCCCUGCCAGAACACGAGUCCCCUCAUUGAAACCAAUGACAUUUUUUGAGAGAAAAUUAUACUGUUUUUUGCAGAAUGAAUUACAUAAUUUAUGAACUAAACAUAUGCUUAUGAAACAUUACUCGUCCUCCACUUGAUAUGAGCUAUUUGAAUGAAACCGUAACAUUUGUUAUGACAAUUUUUCGAUUAUUUUAUGGAAAUAAUACUGAAAUUGUAACCAGCUCUUGAUAAUACUUCCAGAAGGAUGAUUUAUUGAUAGGCUUUCCAUCUUAAAUUUUGUCUGCAAAAAUGGGUAAAAAAAGAUCUGAAAAAUUGGUCAUUGGUUUCCAUUGGUUUCAAUGAGGGCACUCGUGUUCUGGCAGGGACUUGCUUUUCGGCACGACACAGCUUAACCUGGAGGUAGUGGUAAAUCAUCUAACAGGAGAGCCCCUGGAGUAGGGAUGCACAAUUAAUCGAAAAUAAUCGAAGAUCAUGAUAAAAUCGUGAAAUCGAAGUCGUGAUUUAAUCGUGGCAAUAGUGACCUACCUUUGAGAGCGUCCUUGAAGCCAGAACAUACUGACAGGCUGGUGUUUCUGGCCAGAAAUCUGUCCACCCAAGUUUCAUGCUAUUGCCUUUACAUAAUCAUUACAAUUUUAUUUUGCUCAUCCCGUAUAUAAUUCAUUCUGGGUUAUAUUUCAUCUUGUUAUAAUUUUUUUCUUAAAUCUGCAAAAAAUCAAUAAUCGUGAUUAAUGAUCGCGAUUACGAUUUUGACCAAAAUAAUCGUGAUUAUGAUUUUUUUUCCAUAAUCGUGCAGCCCUACCCUGGAGUCCUCUUUUUCUUAACAGAACAGAAUCCAUGGACUAUCUAUUAGCAUGUUUACCACUUGCUCAAGGUUAACUCAACCAGGUUUACCACUUAACCAUGUUCUUGGAAAUCCCCCCCAUGGAGAGGGCAGGUCUGGCAUCAACCAGCUCUGUCUUCUCCUGGCACGAGAAGGCAUGGCAUUCCAGGUGGCGUUGUGGGUCAGUGGCUCAAGCUACUGACGGAGAUGACAUGAAGAGACUGUUGUCUGUUGUCCGUUUGGGUUCGUUCGUGUUCUUAACUCUGAUUUGUUUUGUUUUGUUUGAUUGUGUGUGUGUGUGUGUGUGUGUGUGUGUGUGUGUCUCUGUGUGUGUGUGUGUGUGUGUGUGUGUGUGUGUGUGUGUGUGUGUGUGUCUCUGUGUGUGUGUGUGUGUGUGUGUGUGUUAUCAAACCUGUGAAAAUGUUUUUGUCCCCCCCAUGAUUUUUUAUUUCGUUAUUUUAUUUCACUUCUCUACAGAACAGUUGAAUCUAAAAAGAUUGAAUAAAAUGAUGGUGGUAGAGUGUA